AAGGCCUGUGUCUGUGUGGGCCUCUUACGCCGGGCCCCAGUCACGCCGGGCGUCAGUGACUUCGCGUCCGCCGGUUCGAUCGGUUCCUCCUCCCGCGAGGAAGUCGUCCCUGACUUGCCGCCCUCGUCGUCCAAACGUAUCGUAACAAAGUUUUCCAACAAUUCCAACAAUCGGGAGAGAAGAAAGUAAAAGUGUCUUAAAUUAUAUUAUAUAAUCGAAAGAAUUGAAUUAUAAGUUUGUAUAUACAAUGCUUUCGGAAGAUUUGAAAAGUGAUCAAUCGGUGUGAAUCUAACUGGACGAGGAAAGAGUAUAUAAAUCCUUUGAGAAGUUAUUUUAAAGAAGAAGGGAUCGUUUCUUUGGAAGGAUGAGGGAUCGAAGGAUCUGAGGAAUCUCGAGGGAGAGCCACAUAUGGAUCUCGGGUUGCAGCCUCCCGGUGGAGGAGUUGGACACGAUAGUUUCAGACGAUAGUGGAAUCGAUUUCGAAAUGGGAUGCCCGGCUCGCAACGUUAUGAUCGUCAGCUGUUCGGAAGAAUGACUCGAUCCUUGCCUCGACCGAUCUAUCGGAGUUGGGGAGGCCAAGGAGGAAUGGAAGGAUCUCGAAGAAAGUUUUCCAAUUUUCCCAAGCGUGGAGACGAUAAUACGAGCCGCUGCCCGUUUUGCAACAACCGUACCGUGAUCUCACUGCGCCCUGUUGCUUGCGGUAACAGUUAGUGUACAGUGAAUGAAUUCCUCGGUCGCGCUCGAUGACUCGAAUCGAUCCGGCGGCUUUCAGGCUUGAUCGAGAUCGAUUCUGAAAUCUUCCCUCCUCCCUCCUCCUCCUCCUCCUCCUCCUUUUCCCCUUCCAGAUCCCUUAUCGCGGCGGAGGUCUAUCUACCGAGGUGGAAACAGUGACGGUGACUUGAGCAAUCGGACGUAACCUCGCGGUUAUUACAGUGGGUGUCGAAGAAUAAAAAUGUUGUCGAAAGUCGAAAGAAUGAUUGGAAGCGACGUUGUUCGGAAAAAUUGUGAACAGACGUUAACGAGCAUCUCGUCGAUCGUGGAUUGUUGUCGUCGUUGAUUUGGAACGAUGCGCAAUAGAGAAUUUCGGAUUACGCGUGGAACGUUGGGCAGUUUUUGAUAUUUGUAGGGAAGGAAGAUAUCCGAAGGCGUUGCGAGUCGCGUUGUGAUUGAUGUAAAAGAUGUCGUCGAACGGUGAAUUUUCGACGAUGUCGAGCGAGGAGGUGCCCUCGCUGCCGAAAUCGUUGCCGAGCUCGAGGGAGGCGACGGCCGAGGGUAGUUCCGGGUCCAGCGGCGGGUACAUGCCGCUGCGCGAGUUCCUGGACCGAUUCUCGUUGCCGAGGGUGGUGAGGCUCGAGGGUACCGGCGGAAGGCCGGUGUUGCUCUACAAACAGCAACAGAGAUCGCUCCGCGUUACGGCGACCCUGUUGAUACAUCGUUACAGGCACGAUGUCAAAGUGGGGCCGGAAAUAGUCAUUCCAGAAGGUUAUCCGGGAUGGUUUUCUGUGAUAUCUGGGAACAAUACAACGGGCAGUGCAAGGGUGUACAGAAGAGUAGAUUCAUUGGUACGAGCAGGGGUACCAGCGUUUCUUUUAGCCGCACCUUUAAGGGCAUACAUCUUGACCCACUCGAAAAUGGAAAAUGGCAAUCUACGAGCUCAUUAUACAAAGACCACGAUCAGAGCUGGAGAGAUUCUACGAUUAAUAGCGGUUUUCCAAGACACGAGGAAGUGUAGUACGGUUUCCUUCGGAAUUUCUGGCAGCUCUUCCGAAAAGGAUCAGUACGCACAAUGUUUGGAUCCACAUGGUCGUGAGGUAUUCGCUUCUUUGUCGGCAAGAGGGGAAUUCUAUGCUAUUUGCCAGAAUGGAAGUAUCGAUACCGGAAGCGAUGCAGUAUUGUACAAAGUGCAUCAUCUUGCGAAAAGACCAUUGCCUCUCAGGGUUCGCUUAAUAGCUGGUCCAUUACCUGUACCAUUGCCAAGGGAAUAUGGCGGCUUAAUGCAACUGGAAAGUUCGACUCGAGGUCCAAUUGUUUUAGGAUGCAUUGUACCGGAAAGACCAGUUCACAAUCCUGAAAUGCUUGAGCUGGUUGUGACCGGAAAUGGUGCACCAAGAGUGAGAAGAGCACGAUUAGGUUAUCCAUCAGAAGCUAGACUUCUGGCAUCACCGAAAAUGCAACGAUUAUUAUCUGCCUGCAGCCGGGCUGUCGGAGAUCGUGCAACGGAACCAAGAGUGGCACCUUUGAAACUGCAUCCAGUCGGUGAAAAUCUUAAGGAGAUGCAUUUAAAAAAGAUCAAACCGAAACCGGAAACGAAGCCAAUAUUGCAAAGUCUGAAAGAUGGAUUGGAACAAUUGAAGAAGAGCACCGUUCGAGAAAAGAGUCAAACAAGACAGAAUUGUCGAAACGGAUUUCUAGAUAGAAUUUCGAAAUUCGCCCAAGGGAAUCGCAGCAGGAAUCCUGCGAAAAAAUCAGCUUCGUUCACGUUUGCAGUGAAACCGGAAAUUGCAAUGAGGUGUCAAGAGCGUUACUCCAGUUUGGAGCCAGAAACUACCUCUCAUCCGAAUCAUUCGAAUUCUUCCAAACAACCUGUACAAAGAUCGGCAUCCACCAGUGUUCUAGAAAUGCCAGCCAAUGUUGAAUUACAACCCAAUUAUUCUCGUGUUAGAGAUAGUCUUACACCAGUGCCAUCCCUUCCCAAGUUAACUAGGACUAAAGCUGAUGACAUUUAUGCGGAGAUUUGUGAGAACGCGGCUGCACAGGUCCAAAAAUGUCCCGGAAGUCAUGUUAUGGCUAGGAUCAAAAUCGUUGUAAAAGGUCGUGAUUCGACUUCAGCUUUGCCAAGCAAAAUUAGUGACAAUAAUAGAUAUGCAAACUCGAUGGUAACGACUGAUCAAAUCGAUUCGAUUAUCAGCACGGAAGAUGAAGUUAUAUACAAUACGAUAUUUUGAAAAUGGAAAAUUAUUAUUAUUAUUAUUAUUAUUAUUAUAAGUUAACCGGCUGUGUUUGAUGAUCGAGAACUCUCUCGUUGAUUGUUUUUUAUCAACGUAGAAUUAGAAAUUGAAUCUGUAUCAUAUUAUAUAAAAAGCACUAUGAAAUAAUAUGUAAUAUUUUAAAAUAGUUGUAAUAGUUGCAUGUACAUAUCUUUGCCAUACAUACUAACAAUAGUAAUGAAAAUGAAUAAAGUUCUAAAAAUGAAAA